AUGAAUUCCAUCAGUGCAACAUUCACACCGGACGCCUCGGGCCAGGGGCCCAAGCAAACCUCGACGCUCCCGCAGCUCAAGCUGAAUGAUGGCACCACCAUCCCCAUGCUGGGAUACGGACUCGGCACAGCCAACUUUAAAUCUGCGGAUGCCAAAGGCAAAUUCGACCAGACCGUAGUGAAGCACACCAAGGAGGCCAUUGCCAACGGGUUUCGCCACCUAGACGGCGCCGAGGUCUACGGCAAUGAAGAGGAGCUGGGCGCUGCUAUCAAGGAUGGCGGUGUGCCCCGCGAGCAGCUCUACAUCACCACCAAGCUCCCCGCCGUGGAGAAGACCAACACGCAGGAGCACUUUGACGCCUCUCUCAAGAAGCUGGGCGUCGACCGCGUCGACCUGUACCUGCUGCACGGCCCCUGGUUCGCCGACGGGUCCGAGGCGGCGCUGCAGGAGAAAUGGGCCGAGAUGGAGGCCAUCCAGGCCUCAGGCCGGGCCACGACCAUUGGCGUGUCCAACUUUCUGCAGAAGGACCUCGAGCCCAUCCUCAAGACGGCCAAGGUCGUGCCGGCCAUCAACCAGAUCGAGUUCCACCCCUACCUGCAGCACGGCGACCUGCUCGACUUCCACCGCAAGCACGGCAUCGCGGUCGCGGCCUACGGCCCGCUGACGCCCAUUGUGCGCGCCGCGGGCGGCCCUGUGGACGACAAGUGGGCGGCGCUCGCGAACAAGUACGGCGUCAGCGAGGCCGAGGUCGGCCUGCGCUGGUGCGUCGACCAGGGCAUCGUGACGCUGACGACGACGAGCAACCCCGACAGGAUGCACCGCGUCGUGUCGCUGGUGCCCAAGUUCAAGCUCACGCCCAAGGAGGUGCAGGACAUUGCGGAGCUGGGCAGGCAGAAGCACUUUCGCGGCUUCUGGCGUAACAAAUUUGCCGAGGAUGACAGAAGCUAA